AUGGCAGAAGAAGCUCCGGCAGCUGCACCGGCUAAAGCUCUGGCUAAAGCCCUGAAGAAGAAGGCUGCCAGGCCUAAGAAGGAUGGGCCCAGCCUCCCGAAGCUCAUCGUCGCCGCUGUGGCCGAGUCUAAGGAGCGGAAGGGGAUCUCGCUGGGUGCGAUCAAGAAGGUUCUGGCGGCCAAAAAGGUUGAUGUGACAAAAUCAAACAAACGCAUCAACACCGCUGUCACCAAGAUGGUCACCAAGGGGGUUCUGAACCAGACCAAGAAGCCUGCAGCAAAGAAAAGUGCAGCCAAGAAGCCCAAAGCUAAGAAAGCUGCCAAGAAGUGA